UGCCAGUUGAACUCUUCCUGUAUCACAUGUCUUUUGAUAUGUUAACGAGGGCACACCUACAGUGAUUCAAUAUGCCUGUUGAAUGCAAAAUCUUAGUUCAGUCUCUCUCUGCCCACCAUCCUGCAUGGAUGGGGUAAUCGGUGGUGUGCUGGGUUAUGUUGGACCUUUAGGUUGCAGAUCUUCUGGUGCCGCUCGCAGACUUCCGUGGGGGCCGCUGUUUCCCUCUGCGUUGCUCGAACAGGAACGGAGCGGAGUCAUGUUAGAUGAUGUACAUUCACGUGCUCCACUGGGUUCCUGUGUCGCCUUGAUGGAACAAGAGACGCUGCUGAGCAACACAGAGAAGCUCUGCAAACAUGACUUUAAGGAAUAAAGAUAUUUUCACAAAGCUGGCAAGAAGGUGACGACUGACCACUCUGGGUAAGGCUGCAAGCAUCAGUCUGACCACAAUUGCACACAAAAAAAAAAAAACAAUGAUUGUGUAAGCCCUACAUUCUCAUGACUGGAAAUUAAAAAACGGAACAUUAAAAUGACAAUGCAACCUUACUUUUUUUCCUUGUUAACUAAGAAAUGUGUUCACAUCCCACAUUGUUCUAACUUAUAUAACUAAACAUAGCCUUACAAAGAAGUACAUGGUCUGGAGGAAACCAAGCAAGAAUUCCUGGUGGUUGGCUGGUUAAUACAUCAUUUUGUUCUUGUUUUUAAGUGGAUGACCCUGUGUCCUAAGACCAUGCUUUCAUUACUAGGAUUGAUUCUAGUACUUCUUGCUUCUUUUAAAAAAGGGGACAGUUAUGCAAUUCAAGGAUGUGAAGUGCAUAGACAUUACCAUCCGAAGGUCCUUUGCUACAAACAAGGUUUGAGCAGCGUCCCUGCACAACUUCCUAACAUAACAUUCAGCCUUGAUAUCUCCUUUAAUAAAAUCAACAGGAUAAACAUUAAAGACUUUCACAAUCUUACUCUGCUGCAAGAAAUGAAUAUAUCAAGUAAUCAAAUAAGUUUUAUUGACAAUGGUGCUUUUCAGAAUUUGCAGUCAUUGAGGAUGCUGAACUUCAGCAGCAAUAGAUUAGAGUCUCUAAAAAGUCACAUGUUUUCAGGUCUGAAGAAUCUCACUACAUUGUUACUGGAUAAUAACAACAUUACAACUAUAGAGUCUAGUGCUUUCUCGGGAUUGCAAAACCUUGAGAUCUUGAGUCUUUCAUCCAACCCUCUUUAUACAUUGGACGCAAUGCAUGCUGCCUUUCGAAUAGGUGGACUCAAAGAGAUACAUAUUGCAAAUGUAAGUUUACAACAUUUUUCAACCAAUGAUCUCAUAAACAUUUCAACCACUCUUCACACCAUUGAUGUUUCAAAUAACCCAAUUUCCACUGUCAGUAUUGUAACCAGUGCUUUGCAAAACCUAACAUACAUGGAUAUGUCAUUUACCCGGCAACAACUAUUUUGGAAGCUGCCAGUGCCUUGCUUUUUGAAGGAGUUAAAACGAUUAAACAUGGAGGGGAUGCACCUAACACCAGCUACAGUAUCCGGCAUUAUACAAAGCCUGUCCUGCAGUUCUCUGGAAGAAAUCAAUGUCGGGUAUUUAAAUCUAACGGAUUUUGACCACAUUAUUCAGCAAAUAUGCCUUAAUAAUCCAAACAUGAAAAUUCUUCGACUACAGGGCAAUAGCUACACGGAAUUUAGCAAGGAUACUUUUAAGAACUGUACUGUUCUCAAGUACCUAGACUUAUCUUACAAUAUGUUCCAACGCGUUCAGUCGCUGACUUUUCAGCACCUUGGCUCACUUCAGCAUCUGUCGCUGGCCUACAACAGGUUAACUUCCAUGCCAGCUGACUUGUCUUACAUGACAUCCUUGAAAACAAUGAAUCUCAGCUACAACCAUGUAUCAGAGGUGUUUUUUAAUGACACCAAAGCCUACAACAAUCUCAAGUCCCUUGAUCUAUCAGGAAACAAAAUGUCUGUAUUUAAUUCCUCGCUAGCAGGUAACUGGAGUCUUCUAGAGUUGAAUCUGGGCAACAACUACCUUUUGGAUAUUUCUCACUCCUUUCAAGCCAGUCUUAAACAUCUGCAAACUUUGUGGCUGAGGAAAAAUAAAUUAAGUUCCCUCUCAUCCGACACUUUUAAAAACCUUGUGUCCCUCAAGUCUCUGAAUCUGAUAGACAAUCAGAUAGAAAACAUAGAACCGGGAGCAUUUAAUGGUCUAGAGAAACUGCAGAUAUUGUUACUUGGCAGCAACAAGUUGACGCAAGAUGUUUUAAACAGCUAUACUUUCCAAGGCCUGAAUUCACUUCUUGAACUCCAACUGUUCGGCAACUUCUUUAACUAUCAGUCAUCAAGCAAGCUGAAUUCCCCACCUUUCCUUUCACUAAGUUCAUUAAAACUGCUAACCCUCAACAGCCAAGCCCACAACGGUAUGCAAAAUAUACCAAGUAACUUCUUUAAAGGCUUAGUGUCUCUAGAAAAGGUCCAUACUGGCAAUUUAGCUCUGAAAAGCAUUGACCAUGCAAUAUUUAAUUAUACACCUCAGCUUGAGUAUAUAGACCUUAGUAAUAAUCAUUUCCAGCACCUGGAUCCAAGAUUAUUACAACCUGUACGUAACAUAACUGAACUGCACAUUAGCCAAAAUAACCUUGAGUCACUAGACUUUCUUGUGGAAUCAAAUAAUACCAAAUUAAUCCUUAUUCGUGCUGUAGGGAACCAACUAACCACACUCUCUGAUAAACAGUUUAAUGCAUUGCCUGAUCUUGGUUUUCUGGACCUCCGUAACAACACGUUCAGCUGCAGUUGUGAUAACCAAUGGUUUAUACAGUGGGUACAAACUAAUCCAAAAACCCAAGUGCUACACUUCUAUGAGUAUGCAUGUGCAUAUCCACCUACCAGUAAGGGGAAGAUGCUAUUUGCAUUCAACACUGACUUGUGUAGGCAACACUAUGACUACAUCCUGUUUCUAUCCACAUGCUUGCUGAUAAGUAUCUUUCUGGUAAUUUCAACUGUUUGGAAAUUAUGGAGAUGGAAGGUCCUUUACAGUUAUUAUGUGUUCCUAGGGUUUUUGUAUAAUCGGAAGACACAGGACAAACGUAAAUAUGAAUAUGAUGCUUUUAUCUCCUACAAUAGUCAUGAUGAGGAGUGGGUCUUCAAUCAUCUUGUACCGAAUCUUGAAGAAUCAUAUAGUAGGAAACUUUGCCUUCACCACCGAGACUUUGAACCAGGAAAGCAUAUAAUUGAUAAUAUAAUUGAUAGCAUUUACAACAGUCGAAAAACUAUUUGUGUAAUAACCAGGCACUACUUGGAAAGUGAAUGGUGUUCAAAGGAAAUCCAGGUGGCAAGUUAUCGUUUAUUUCAUGAUCAUGCUGAUGUCUUGGUCUUACUGUUUUUAGAAGAUAUACCAAGUUACAAAUUGUCUCCCUACCACCAGAUAAGAAAAAUUAUAAAAAAGAAGACGUAUCUCGUCUGGCCAAAGAACAUAAAUGCUCGUCCUCUGUUCUGGCAUAUGGUGAACCAGGCAUUGAAAAAUGAACAUACAAAAGAGGAUGAGGAUCGGAGCCUUUUGGGGUUAUGCAAAUGAAUUUCGAAUUAACAUCUGUUUACCAGCCAUUAGUCACUAUUAGAUUUUUAUAUUCUUUGCUUUAAGCACACAUAAUUCAAAAUGUGAAUAACUGUUGACUAUUAAUACAUCGUAUAAAUUGUAUACUAUACAGUUUGUAUACUUGUAUCAUCGAAUAGACAGAAUUAACAAUAU